CACGGUUACUAAAACUAGUAACCGUGGUGGAGGAGAGUACUAUAGCAAAUUUGUGUCAGUCACUCACUCGUGAUGCAUCUGUGGUUUGUAAUUCACAUGUGACAUUAUUUGGUAAUUUCACUGAUAUUUGCUGUUUUAAAGUUCUGAUAAAGGAUUUGGCAUGCUUACAAUAUUGAAGAGACACUCGUUAAUGAAACAAUUAGUUGUCUUCACCCGUAUGCUGAGUUCUGUCAAGACCAUGGAACGCAAGGUUGUAGACAUCAUCACUGCUCCCCAGCAGUAUGAAGGCGGCGGAUUCUUGGUACGACGACCAAUUGGAGGUAAACUACCUCAGGUGGACCCAUUUGUUUUACUAGAUCAUUUUGGUCCUGCAGUUUUCAAGCCAGGGGAGGCGAUUGGAGCACCGGAUCAUCCACAUCGAGGAUUUGAAACAGUCUCAUACAUCAUAGAAGGCAGUAUGCAGCAUAAAGACUCUCUAGGAAACAAAGGUAAUUUAAAAUCUGGCUGGGUACAGUGGAUGACAGCUGGCAGCGGUGUUGUGCAUAGUGAAAUGCCGUCUGAUGAUAUCAUGAAAAAUGGUGGAAAAUUGGAGGGAUUUCAACUUUGGGUUAACCUUCCAGCUAAGGAUAAAAUGAUUGCACCCCGAUACCAAGAUACGCCAAAUGAAAAGAUCCCUGUGGCCACGACACCUGAUGGGAAAGUGAAAGUCAAAAUAAUUGCAGGGAAAUCACUAGGUGCAGAGGCAGUAAUAGAAACAAGGACCCCUAUAAUGUACCUGGAUAUCCGUCUUCAACCCGGAGCCAGAUUCACCCAAGAUGUUCCAGAAUCAUAUAAUGGAUUUGUGUAUGUCUGGAAAGGUGCUGGAUAUCUUGGAAAUGAUGAAAAAACAGCAAAUAUGGGACAAGUUGGAAUCCUUACAAGUGGUUCUGUAUUCACAGACUUGUUUGCCAGGAUGUGGGUGUCAGAAGUAAUACUGGUACACUGCAGGAUGUGGGUGUCAGAAGUAAUACUGGUACCACUGCAGGAUGUGGGUGUCAGAAGUAAUACUGGUACCAGUGCAGGAUGUGGGUGCCAGAAGUACCGGGUAAUACUGGUACCACUGCAGGAUGUGGGUGUCAGAAGUAAUACUGGUACCACUGCAGGAUAUUGUCAUGUGAUUCUGGCUGCUGGUGUGCCUUUAAAAGAACCAGUUGUACAGCAUGGACCAUUUGUAAUGAAUACAGAGACAGAGAUACAACAGGCAAUGAAAGAUUACAGAUCUGGUAAACUUGGAAGUAUACCAGGAAGUGAGGAACGCUUUGCACAGACAGAGGCUGCAAAACAAAAACAACAUAUAUCAGGCACCUGAAAGGAAUUAUGAAUAACUACAAUUUGGGCCCUAAAUUUAAAAAUGAAUGAAUUGAAAGUGAUAGAAAAUUCCAUGAUACACGCACAGAAAGAGUUUGUAUUUUAUGUAAUACCAAUUGUGUAGAGUAUCAUUUUUGCAUUAUCUGUCCAUUUUACCAAGAGUUCAGAUCUAAAUACAUUCCAAGUUAUUACUAUACAUUUCCCUCACCCGAAAAAUUUAUAUCGUUAUCACAAUUACAAAAUGUAGUAAUCUUGCUUAAUAUUUCUAAAUUUAUUUUUCUCGCCAC